UAUAACAAAGAUGUUUUGAAGUUACCGUGUAUGAGGAUAACGGUUCUGAAAAAUCUGCUAAAAUUUGAUUAAUUCAAGUAAAACCUUGAAAACUCUAACAAUGGCAGUUUCAGUUUCAACAUCUCCAAUUUCGGCUCCGUUAUUGUUAAACAUCAAUAACGUAAACUCCAAUCUUUUAUAUUCUUUUCCAUUUCUCUCUAAUGUCUCCUCAAAGUCCAGCAAUCGCAUUUCAACAGUUAUCCUCUGCUCUAAGAAGUCAGGCGGUGGAUUGAUAAGUGAAAAAAAGAAAGCUUUAUUUGAACGUUACGGUCUCAAUCCUAACGAUUUUUUAUCUGAUUCCUCUCCUAAGUCAAAGAGAAAAAAGGAAGGGAAAAAUGCAGGAAAAGGGAAACAAGUUGUUGCAGAGGAAGCUAAGCCACCUAGGACUACGCAUAGGUUGCUUCAGGUAUUCGGAGGAAAGGCUAAAAGAAAGAAGCUGCUUUCACCAAUGGGCAUGGAUGUGCGGCCAAUGAUGGAAGUUGUAAAAGGUUGUGCCUUUGAUAUUUUGCAGGCAGCUGGUGGCUGUCCUGCAUCUUUAAGGCCAGGUCGCUGGUUGGAUUUGUACAGUGGUACAGGAUCUGUUGGCAUUGAAGCUAUCAGCCGAGGUUGUUCUGAGGUGCAUUUUGUUGAGAUGGAUCCCUGGGUUGUUUCAAAUGUUCUACAACCAAAUUUGGAGUCAACUGGGUUUCUUGAUGUUUCAGUUGUACAUACAGUUCGUGUGGAAAACUUUCUAGAACGGGCAGAGCAAUUUAUAGGAAGUAACAGGACCUUUGAUUUCAUUAGUGUCACACCUCCAUAUAUGGAAGUCAACUAUGGGACGCUGAUGGAUCAAGUUUCAAAAUCAGCGCUAGUUGGAGAAGACACAUUUAUUGUGGUGGAAUAUCCUCUGAGAACAGAGAUGCUGGAUGCAUGUGGAUCCCUAAUAAAGAUAGCUGAUCGAAGAUUUGGACGGACACAUUUAGCAAUUUAUGGACCCAAGUGGGCCCAGAAGAAAAGAGCCAGAAAAACAACUUUGAGCAAUACCAGAAGCUUGACGAAGUUUCUACAAGCUGAUAACAUAUAGUCAUCUCUUGCUUAAAAUGCUUUUGCAUUUCACAUCUGCAUCUGUUAUCAAUAGAUGUUGCAGUUGUCGGUAUCAUAUCAUAAAAAGAGCUCUAGUGGAUCUUUAGGUUCAUAGUAUCUUCUGAGCUGCUUAAUUUUCUUGAUAAUUUAGAGACAAACCUGUGGUGUAUCGAGCUGAUUUUUCAUAAUUGUAAGGACCUAAACUAAUUUUGUGUUUUGUACAUGGAUUAUACUUAUAGUCUAUUGCUGACACUUGUUUCUGUAGUCUAUCACUUGGACUUGUUUAAGUCAAAUACGAUCGUUGGUACAUUUUCUA